CUCGUUCCUGUCUGCAGAAUCUCUCAGUUUGAUCAGAGGUGCUUAAAAUGUUGAAGGGAGAGUAAGCUGUCAUGGAGGUUUUUCAAACCAGGGUCCUGCGUCUGAAUUUGUGUGUCAUCCUUACUUUACUGACAAAUGCAGAUUAUUCCAAAUCCAAUCAAGAGCAAAGGAUUCAGCAGCACAUCAACAAAACAGUGUUUGUGGGGGAAACAGUUACACUUCACUGCAACAAAACCCAACUUGAUGAUGAUUUCACAUGGAAAAUUAACAACUCGGUUAUUUUUAGGCAGGUCUCUUAUUUUAACAUAACUAAGACAAACUUCAGCUCCAACAGGAUUCACAUCGACCCCGCAGCUCCAAGAGAAUUAACAAUACAUCAAAUACAAGCGUCUGAUGCAGGAAACUACAGCUGUUACCCAGCAGCAAUAAGAUGGACAUUAACAAUAACAGAAAACACAACCACACCAGCAUCACUCAAACAAAUGCCGCUGUACAUCAGCUUCUCUUGUUUUGGAGUCAUUAUGAUCUGUCUGAUCAUCACCAUCAGCAUCUACAUUUACAGGAGCUGUAAAAACAACAAGCAGGGUCACGAAGAAAUGGGACAGGACAUUGCACCAGCCAGAGGAAGGAUACAGACUCAAAACAGUCAGUACUUAGAAAGAUUCAACUCAGUGUAUGGACAAGUAUGAAUAGUUUUGUUCUUUUUUUUUUCAGAUUAAGUUUACCCUAAGGAUGUGAAAUUUGACUUUAGAUAUAUUUGUUAUGUUAACACUCAUCUUGCAUAAUUGUAUAAAAUUAUGUAGUAUGUGAUAAAUUAAACAGUGAAUGAAGAAGCUCUAAUAUAAAUAUUUGUAUUUUGUGUUUACAUAUUUAUGUGUACUUUUUUC